AUGUCCGAGUCAAAAACGCAUUUAAAUACCUGUACUAGUAUGUCAACGUUGAAUACCCUCCUCACGCAAAGCUGGUUAGUUCCAGCAUUUGUGGCACUCGCUAUCGCCGGGCGUCUGGCUCUCUCCGUCUAUUUCACUUGGAUUCAUGCCUGUAAAUCUCAUCAAAUAGGCUGUGAAGAGCCCCCUGUCUACGCCAGUCAUGACCCUUUCGGUAUUCUCACCCUUCUAGAGACACUGAAAGCCGCACAAAAGAAACUGCUCCCACAACUAGCUGAGAGGCGAAUUGCUUUCUUAUCCCGCCGGCAUGAUAGAUACGUUUCUACCUUUCGUAUCUGUCAGGCCGGUCGGGAGAACCUCUUGACGGCAGAUCCUAAGAAUAUCCAAGCUAUGUUGGCGUCUCAGUUCAAGGACUUUGGGUUAGGCGACAUGCGUCGUAAUGUAGCUAAUCCAGUCAUUGGUCAUGGAAUCUUUACUACCGAUGGCAAAGACUGGUCCCUUUCCCGAUCACUGCUACGGCCACAGUUCACUCGAGAUCAAAUGAGUAAUCUCGAAAGCGAAGAACGUCAUGUCCAGAAUGCGUUGCGCGCCAUUCCGAUGCUAUCUAACGGCUGGUCCUCCCCAGUCGAUAUUCAAGCCAUCUUCUUUCGCCUUACCCUUGACUCGGCCACUGAAUUCCUCUUUGGUAAUAGCUGUGAUAGCCAGAUUGCUGCUAUGCAAGUGAAAUCUGCACAGGGAUCCGAUGAUACUUUUCUCCAUGGAUUUGACCGGUGCAUGUGGUAUCUUGCAGAGCGACUCCGGUUCGAGCGGUUCUACUGGGUCAUCUACAAUAAGGAGUUUCGAAAGUGUAUCAACAUUGUGCACGCCUUCGUAGACCGGUUUGUUCACGCUGCUCUGAAGGAGAAGCAUCAGUCGGAAGAGAAAGCCCAGAGCAUUCAAGAGCAUCCAUCGCAGUAUACGUUCCUGAAAGCCUUGACUGAUACUACGAAAGACCCCAUCAGGCUCCGCAAUGAAUCUCUGAACGUCCUUCUAGCAGGCCGUGACACAACGGCUUCUCUACUGAGCUGGUCAAUCCUCAUUCUCGCACGACAGCCCCACAUUUUCGCAAGACUUCGCAGCGACAUUCUAGAGCAAUUCGGAACUUAUGAUCAACCGAGUAACAUGGAAUUUGGGUCUUUGAAAUCAUGCCAAUACCUUCACAAUUUUCUAAAUGAAACCCUUCGUCUCUACCCGGUGGUACCCUUCAACCGCCGUUGCGCAACAAAGGAUACUACACUUCCCCGUGGCGGCGGUAAAGAUGGUACCUCUCCAAUCUACAUCCGCAAGGGCCAGGCAGUAAUGUACAGUACCUAUAUGCUGCACCGUCGAAAGGAUAUCUGGGGCGAGGAUGCUGAAAUCUUCAAUCCGGACCGGUGGAUUCGCCGGAAGGUCACCUGGGAGUACAUUCCGUUCAACGGGGGACCUAGAACGUGUAUUGGCCAACAGUUUGCUUUGGUGAGGUCUAGCUAUGUGUUGGUGAGACUUCUGCAGAAGUUUGACAAGAUUGAGGAUGUACACCCUGAGAGAGAGAUUCGGCAUGGUGUGUCGCUUACUUCUUGUCCAGCUGAUGCAGUGACUUUGAGACUACAUCAAGCAGGGAUGGAGGCUUAA